AUGAGUGGUCCUAACGGCAUGCUGUACGGUGGUGAUGAAAUUGGUGCUUUAGUAUUUGAUCCUGGUCAUCAUUCCUUACGUGUUGGUUAUGCUCAGGAAGAUACUCCAAAAGCUGAUAUUCCUGCCGUGGUUGGUGUUGGACCAGCUACCCAUGUGCCUGAACCUGAGGAGAAGGUUCCCGAUGGCAAUGUUACCCAAAGCGGUACAAAAGCAGGCAAUGAACUCCGCCACUACAUUGACGUCACAGAGCUUCACGUCCCACGCACAGGCAUGGAAGUUCACACAUACAUGAAAGAUGGACAGGUUGACAAUUGGGACCUGUUUGAGAAAAUGCUAGACUAUUGCUACGCAAAGGUUAUCCGCUCUCCAUCAGAGCAUCAUCCAGCUCUUUUUACUGAAGCAGUCUGGACCACAAGACCAGCUAGGGAGAAACUAGCAGAAUUACUCUUUGAGAAGUACCAAGCACCAGCAUUCUUCUUAGUCAAGAGCGCAGUUUUAGCAGCAUUUGCCAAUGGCAAAUCUACAGCCCUGGUCGUAGAUGCUGGUGCGAGUCAGACAUCAGCUGUGCCUGUAAUUGAUGGGUAUGCCCUAGUAAACGCAGCAGUUCGGUCUCCAGUUGGUGGUGAUCACCUUGCAGCUCAAGCUAAACACAUGCUUACUAAUAUGCACAUACAAAUGUUACCUAUUUAUAGUAUACAAAGUAAAGAAGUAAUAAGGGAAAGGGAGAGAGGUCGUUACACACUGAAAACAUUACCUGCAGGAUUGACACACUCCUGGCAGCAGUACAUGUUAAGGAGGCAGUACGAGGAUUUCUGUCAUUGUGUGGCGCAGGUAUCAGAAAGUCCAUACGAAGAGCGGCAAGCGGCAGCAGCUCCUAUGUCCCACUAUGAGUUCCCUGGAGGAUAUCACCAAGAUUUCGGUCCUGAACGAUUCAAACUUACAGAGUGCCUGUUUGAACAGACUUUAGGAGCACCACACUUAGCGUGCGCGGCGGCGGCGGGGUGCGACGCGGACGCGCGGCCGGCGCUGUGGGGCUCGGUGGUGGCGUGCGGCGGCGUGGCCAACUCGCCGGGCUGGCUCGACCGCCUCGCCAAGGAGCUGGCGGCGCGCGCGCCCUCCUCGCACCGCCUCAAGAGCCACGCCGCGCCCUCGCCCACCGAGCGCAGGUUCGCCGCCUGGAUCGGUGGAUCCAUCUUAGCAUCGAUAGGCUCCUUCCAGCAGAUGUGGAUCUCCUCACAGGAAUACGACGAAGGUGGCAAAGGGCAGCUCGAGCGGAAAUGCCCUUAG